GGCAUUUCCUCAAAAAAGCAUCAUCAUUGCCUGCGAAGACGACAGGGGAAAAGCUAAAGAGUUGAUAUUCCGCAAAUACCUCUGCUGUUAAACAAAUCGCCAAGAUGUCCUCGCGCUACGAUCGAGCUGUAACCAUAUUCUCGCCGGACGGCCAUCUCCUGCAGGUCGAAUACGCCCAAGAGGCCGUGCGCAAGGGAUCCACAGCGGUCGGAGUUCGCGGUGCCAACUGCGUGGUCCUCGGCGUGGAGAAGAAGUCGGUGGCCAAGCUGCAGGAGGAUCGCACCGUGCGCAAGAUUUGCAUGCUCGACCACCACGUUGUGAUGGCCUUUGCCGGUCUCACGGCCGAUGCCCGCAUCCUGAUAAAUCGCGCCCAGGUCGAGUGCCAGAGUCAUCGCCUGAAUGUCGAGGAUCCGGUGACCCUUGAGUACAUAACCAGAUACAUUGCCCAGCUGAAGCAGAAGUACACGCAGAGCAAUGGCCGCCGUCCCUUCGGAAUAUCCUGCCUUAUCGGCGGCUUCGAUGCCGAUGGCUCUGCACAUCUCUUCCAGACCGAACCGUCCGGCAUUUUCUACGAGUACAAGGCGAAUGCCACCGGGCGUUCGGCGAAGGUGGUGCGCGAGUUCUUCGAGAAGGCCUACCGCGAGGAGGAGGUGGCCACCGAGCGUGGUGCCGUCAAGCUGGCCAUUCGCGCCCUCCUCGAGGUCGCCCAGUCGGGUCAGAACAAUCUGGAGGUGGCCAUUAUGGAGAAUGGUGUGCCGCUGAAAAUGCUGGACAGCAAAGUCAUCGCCGAGUACGUUAAGAUCAUCGAGAAGGAGAAGGAGGAGGAGCUGGAGAAGAAGAAACAGAAGAAGUAACACACAGCUGGCUCACUUGUUCGGUGGAAGGCCUUCGCAUUGAAACGUUUUCCAAAUUUAUCCUGCGACAGAAUGGUUUCGCCCUCACAUAAUGUCUGCUCGUUAGGGCAGAUGGAUUUGACUUGGAAAACGCUUCAACUCCCAGCUUCGGUUGACCGAAUGCACACUUUUUUUAAUUAUCCAUUUUCUAUACUUCGGAUCUUUGUAUAAUGGUAUGAAACUGUUUGAUUUGUAUAAAAUACAUGCGUCAUCAUACAUUAAACGGAAAUUCUGUUGGAUAUUUAA